CCAAGCGGGCCCGGGCGGGCGUAAGCGCCGGGGACCGCGCUGCCUGCAUGCGCGCAGCCCCAGCCCCGGGCGGCCGCUGCGGCAGCGCCAGAGCCCGACGCAGCCGGACGCUGCAGGACGCGGAGGAGGGCGCGCCGCCCAGGAGGUGCCCCGGGUCCCCGCUGGACCUUCGUGACCGUCCAGCGCCCGGGUGCGCUGCAAAGACAAGGACCCGACUCUUUUGAAUCUCCCGGUGUCUGGGCGCGGGGCGACUCUUGGUAUUUUCUCACCCAACUCGUGGAUUGGAACGUGGCUCCGCGCUCCGAGCGCGGCCGGCGACUUGUAGGACCUCAGCCCUGGCCGCGGCCGCCGCGCACGACCUCGGACGACUCUGCGGGGCAGGGGCCGGGGCCGGCCGCGAGGGUCUCCGUGUGCGCCGAGGGCUGAUUGGAGGGGUGUCCCUGGAGGACCGAUUUAGGAUUUGUGGUGAACAGCAUGGAGGAAAAUGACCCCAAGCCCAGCGAAGCGGCAGAGGGGCAGCGGCAGCCGGAAACCAGCCCCAGCGCCGGCUCGGGCGGCGGCGGCGGCGGCGGCGGCAGCCCAGGCGACGCGGACACUGGCCGCCGGCGGGCUCUGAUGCUGCCUGCGGUCCUGCAGGCGCCGGGCAACCACCAGCACCCGCACCGCAUCACCAACUUCUUCAUCGACAACAUUCUGCGGCCCGAGUUCGGCAGGAGAAAGGACGCGGGGACGUGCUGUGCCGGCGCGGGAGGGGGAAGAAGCGGCGGGGCCGCUGGCGAAGGCGGCGCCGGCGGCGCAGAGGGAGGCGGCGGCGCGGGCGGCGCCGAGCAGCUCCUGGGGUCCGGCCGGGAGCCCCGGCAGAGCGCGUCCUGUGCUCCCGGUGCGGGCGUUCCGCUGCCCGGCGGCGGCGGCGAUUCCCCGGGCGAUGGGGAAGGCGGCUCCAAGGCUCUCUCGCUGCACGGCGGCGCUAAGAGAGGCGGCGACCCCGGGAGCCCCCUGGACGCGGCGCUCAAGACCCGCGGCUUGGGCGGUGGUGACCUGUCGGUGAGCUCGGACUCGGACAGCUCGCAGGCCAGCGCCAACCUGGGCGCGCAGCCCAUGCUCUGGCCGGCCUGGGUCUACUGCACGCGCUACUCGGACCGGCCUUCCUCAGGUCCCAGGUCUCGCAAACCAAAGAAGAAGAACCCCAACAAAGAGGACAAGCGGCCACGCACAGCCUUCACGGCGGAGCAGCUGCAGAGGCUCAAGGCCGAGUUCCAGAACAACAGGUACCUGACGGAGCAGCGGCGCCAGAGCCUGGCACAGGAGCUCAGCCUCAACGAGUCGCAGAUCAAGAUCUGGUUCCAGAACAAGCGCGCCAAGAUCAAGAAGGCCACGGGCAACAAGAACACGCUGGCCGUGCACCUCAUGGCGCAGGGUCUGUACAACCACUCCACCACAGCCAAGGAGGGCAAGUCGGACAGCGAGUAGGGCGGGCGGGGCCGGAGGCCAGCUUCGGCCCGCUAAACAAUGCAAUAAUAGAAAAUCAUCAAUAAAGGGCCAGUGUGUAAAGAUUAUACCAGCAUUAAUAGUGAAAAUAUCAUAUAUUAGCAAUGGUUCUGCAAUAUUCUAUGUAUAUAUAAUUUACAGGGGGUGUAAAACUCAAAAUAUCUGACUAUAAAAUUUUUUUGAGUUUUUCUUUGUGUUUAUGAGAUGAUGCAUAAGUUUAUGAUUUUUUUUUUGCAAAGGGGGCUGCUUAGGGUUUCAUCUUUUUUAAUCCCCUAAGCUCCAUUAUGGGACAUCGGACACUUUUUAUUUCAAAAGAAGAAAAAAAUUAAAACAACUUGCUGAAGUCCAAAGAUUUUUAUUGCUGCAUUCCCCCCAACUGUGAACGAAUAGCUCCUACUUGGUCUGUGAGUCCCGCCACUUUGUUUGAGGGGCUUGCUGAGGACAGCAGGAGGACCGCCCGUCUGCGGUGACGCCAGGGCCUGGAGGAGAGCGGGGCUUGGCCGGCGAGUGGCGGUGCCGGACCCCAGGGCCUGCCCCGGGAGUGGGCUCGUGGUGGGCAGCCUGGCCCGCAUGCUUGCCCCGCUCCCCUCCUCCCCUCCUGCCUUCUCUCCUUGUCCUCUUUGCUGAGGCUGGCCUGUGCCUCAUCGGUGCUCCCGUCUGUGUCUGUGUCACUGUCCCCAGUCCGGCCACCUGCCGCCAGCACUAACUCCCCUGCCUCUGGGCACUGCUUGGGGCUCCCAGCUGAGGGGCUGGUCAUGUGGCCUGCUACCCUCGAGCUGUGGGGCGACCCUUGUUCCUCCAGGCCCAGGGACUCCCCUGGAGCUCCAGCAGCCCCGCUAGGCACUUGCCCAGGCCCCAGAGAAAGAGUCGAGGCCUGCAGCCUAUGGGCAGGCAGAGGGCUCCUGUGAGGGAGUUGGCAUUUUCUUCCUUUCCUUUUUUUUCUUCCCUUCCUUUUUUUUUUAAGUGGCUGCUUCUGCUAUGGAGAGCAUUCUUCCAAGGUAAAUAUGUGAGUGUAUACAUAUGUAUGCAUGUACAAACACACUCAAGCAAACACACAUGAGUCCACAGUUCUGGAACAUGUGGUCACCUUGACUUUGAAAGGAACUCAGAAUCCUCCAGGAUCUCGAGGAAGGAAGAGACUGUAAAUAAUCGUUUCUUAUCACUUUCUGUCUUCCCUUGUUUCUUUUUAUAUACAUUUUAUUUUUUGAAGGUGUGGCACAGUGUAAAUUAAAUAUAUUCAAUAUAUCCCCCACCAAGUACAUAUAUAUAAACAAACACAUGAUCUAUAUAUAUAGUUCCACACUGUCUUCUGUUUAGUGUAUGGAAAAAAGAAUCGUGUCCAAAUGACCAUCUGCCGCCGGGACAGCCCAGCGGGCAUGCUCAUGGCCCAUCCAGAGUCAUGGCCGUGCCCCUGAGGACUGAGGGUAAACUUCUCUAUUUGCCUUAAGUCUCUUUAUUUCACUGCGAUAGUAGUUUCACUUUGUACAUACUCGUGUAAACCUUUUUAAAAAGGAAACUAUAAAAAGAAAAGUUGUAAUUUAAAAUUAUGUGAAUAACCAUCUGCUGCUUAGGAAACUCAAUGAGAUGAUUAUGCCUUUUUAGCAGGAAGAAAAAUGUUUUGGUUUUUUUUUUUUUUCAGUUGAUAAAACAUAUGCAUUUUACAAUUCCAGUAUCAAAUAUUUAUGAUUUUACAGGAAAUGAAUGUUUCUAUUUACAAUUGUGGUUAUCAAAGUUGUGAACAUUCCCCCUGCAUUUUUGUGUGUUUAAAUUCUUGAAAGUUACAUUAAUAAAAAAAAAACCCUGCUUUAUUGUAAAAUAAUGGAUGUCCAUGGUGGAAUGACUAGUUUUUCUAAGUGUGUUUCUGAGUCCAGCCAAACUGCCCCGGGCAACCUCGCGAAUGCUUAGGUGCUCCAGGCCUUGGCCUCACUCCCAGCAGGGGUGCGAAGGCUUCCCUCUGUAGUCAAAGGCAUAAUUACAAAAAAUAAAUUAUGAAGACAAUUUGGAAUUUUGGAUGUGAGCACAGACCAACCAAAGUAAUCUAAAUAUACAUUUCUUUACCAGAAGGACAUGUUCAGAAACAUGGUGCUAUUCCAUUGAACGGCGAUUUAAAAUCCUGCAGAAUCCAACAGGUCUUGCCCUCCUCGCAGCUCCUGCGCAGGGGACAGAGGUGCUCACCCCUCGUGAGGAGCGCUAGGCCGAGACAAAGAGGCGCUCCUCUUUUACAUCUUGUCGUUGUUUUUACCCCAAAGCAAAGGACACGGACAGCAUCCCAGAGCGGGUGUGUGGGUAGGACCGGCUUUGCCAGAGCUGACUGGAUGCCUGGGCCCCAGAGGCGCUCUGCCCAGAGCCUCUGCUUCCUUCCUGCACGGGAAUCACCUUGCGCAGCCUGCAGGAUCGCCAACACGUGCCCUGCUCGCCCAGUGGCUCUAUUUCAAACUUUCUUGGCUUGAAAAAGUUUUCUUCUCCCAAAAGAAAGAGACUCAGAGACAACCGAGGACCUCCUGUUCUCAAAGGAGAUCUUUCAGGUGCUUUGGUUCUGCAUCAGCUUCCCGAGCAGACGCUUGGCCUCUGGACUGCUCCGGGGAUUUGCAUGUACACAUGGAAUGAGAGAGAGCUGGGGUCUCACCGUGGAGGCUCCGGAUCCCCAGCUCCCAGCUCCAGGAGCACCCAGGGUCAUCACUAAUCGGAUGCCAUUGUGCAAGCCAUUCCCAGCAUCUUCCCCACACCCAACUUCUGCACAUUUCGGAGGGUUCCUAGGUUAAAAACAAAACAAAAACCCACGACCACAACUUCUAUUAUGCGACUGGCCUCUCUCUCCUUUUAAUAAAAAGACAAUAUAGCAAUAUCAAGCAGUCACUUUUGUUUUUAAUCUGUUCCCAAAUCAUAGUACUUAAGGAGCAAUGUACAGUUGUGCAAGGUAAUGAGUUCCCUGUCCUCAGAGGCAUGCAAGCCAACACU